AUGCUGUUCUUAAAAGUUGUCAUUGCUGCUGUUCUAGCUGCCACAAUCUCCGCCACCCUUGUUCAAGUUGACCAACCUGUCACUCGUGACGUCCUACAACGACGAUUUGUAGAGUUUAGUCCCUUCAUCGAAAAGAGAUCACUCCUCAAAACUCGUGACUCUGGUCCUGGACCUGGUCCUGCACCUAGAAACCCAAAGUGCCGCCCAUGUGAUGACGGGACCGGUUGUUGUUGA